GCCGGCACGCGCCCUGUCACUUUCGCUCUGGGCGCGACGCUGCGAGGAUCUGCCGGCGCGUGCCCGCUGUUUCCGCCGCUCCCUUCCCCGAGACCAGAUCGCGUCUUUUUUGUUUUUUUGUUUUUUUUUUUCCCCUUUUCCGUCACCUCCACACCUGCCGGCUGCUCGGACAUGUUCCGGUACCUGGGUGAGCUGCUCUCGCGGGGGGCCGGGGGGGCCCUGGCCUGUGGAGGAGCGGCGGGAGCGGCGGAAGCGGCGCUUCCCGCGCGCUGCUCGCUGCUGCGGGUCCGACUCUCGAGCGCAGCCGCCGCGGACGGGGAGGACGACCCCAACUUCUUCCGCAUGGUGGAGGGCUUCUUCGACCGCGGCGCCGCCAUCGUGGAGAACAAGCUCGUGGAGGACCUGCGGAGCCGCGAGACGCCCGAGCAGAAGAGGCUGCGCGUGCGGGGGAUCCUGCGCAUCAUCAAGCCGUGCAACCACGUGCUGAGCGUGUCCUUCCCCAUCAAGCGCGACAACGGCGAGUGGGAGGUGAUCGAGGGCUACCGGGCCCAGCACAGCCAGCACCGGACUCCCUGCAAGGGAGGUAUCCGGUACAGCACUGAUGUGUCCGUGGACGAGGUGAAGGCUCUGGCCUCCCUGAUGACCUACAAAUGUGCGGUUGUAGAUGUGCCUUUCGGUGGAGCCAAAGCAGGAGUGAAAAUCAACCCGAGGAACUACUCUGACAACGAACUGGAGAAAAUCACCAGAAGAUUCACCAUCGAAUUGGCCAAGAAGGGUUUCAUCGGACCCGGCAUUGAUGUCCCGGCUCCUGACAUGAGCACGGGCGAGAGGGAGAUGUCCUGGAUCGCCGACACGUACGCCAACACGAUUGCCCACGGUGACAUCAACGCUCAUGCGUGUGUCACGGGCAAACCCAUCAGCCAGGGCGGCAUCCAUGGCAGGAUCUCGGCCACAGGGCGCGGCGUCUUCCACGGCAUCGAGAACUUCAUCAAUGAGCCGUCCUUCAUGAGCCAGCUGGGCCUGACGCCCGGCUUCGCCAACAAGACCUUCAUCAUCCAGGGUUUUGGCAACGUGGGCCUGCACUCCAUGCGUUACCUGCACCGCUACGGCGCCAAGUGCGUCGGUGUCGGCGAGGUGGACGGAAGCAUCUGGAACCCCAACGGCAUCGACCCCAAGGAGCUGGAGGACUACAAGCUGCAACACGGCACCAUCGUGGGGUUCCCCAACGCGAAGCCCUACGAGGGCAGCAUCCUGGAGGCCGACUGCGACAUCCUGAUCCCUGCAGCGAGCGAGAAGCAGCUCACUAGGAAGAACGCCCACAACGUCAAGGCCAAGAUCAUCGCUGAAGGAGCCAACGGCCCCACCACCCCCGAUGCCGACAAGGUCUUCCUGGAGAGGAACAUCAUGGUGAUUCCGGACAUGUACCUGAACGCCGGUGGUGUCACCGUCUCCUACUUCGAAUGGCUGAAGAACCUGAACCACGUCAGCUACGGCCGACUGACCUUCAAGUAUGAGAGGGACUCCAACUACCACCUGCUCAUGUCUGUCCAGGAGAGUCUGGAGAGGAAGUUUGGGAAGCAGAGUGGACCCAUCCCUGUGGUUCCAACGGCAGACUUCCAGGCUAGAGUGGCGGGAGCUUCAGAGAAGGACAUUGUGCACUCGGGGCUGGCCUACACCAUGGAGAGGUCCGCGAGGCAAAUCAUGCGCACAGCCGUCAGGUACAACCUGGGCUUGGACCUGAGGACGGCCGCGUACGUCAACGCCAUCGAGAAGGUCUUCAAGGUGUACAACGAGGCUGGUCUGACCUUUACAUAAACCAGUCCUCUCUCAUGCUGGAAAUGCCCCCCGUCAAAUCCUGAAGCUUCGUCUCCAUCUUGGUUAAUGUGUCUAUGUGCUGCACGUCCCAAACGUCCCCUUCGGCCCCCCAGCCCCCGCAACGUAGAAACGUAAGGACCGUUUACAUAUAACGUACCUUGUUCUUUCGACCCCAUCCAUAGCUGCUGGAGAAUGUUCUCGCUUUCGUCAGUCAUUAACCGCGGUAAAGUUCGAGGAAGGACAAGCAGACCUCCAGGAGUCCUGCACCUAAGAGCAGUCGUACAUCCGAUGUUCAUCGUAAUAUUUUUUCGAGCUUCUCGCCCUUUGACCCUUCCGUCCCUCUCUGCUUUCGGCUGUACUGUACUUCUGUGGCCAUUAGGGCAAAAUCACGGUUUUUCUUUAUCGGUUACCAUGACUGUACCCCAAUCCCUGCCUUGUGCUCGGACCCUAAUUUUUUCAAUAUUCUCUAAUUGGAGGUUUUCUCUAGCAAAAAUAAUCGUGAGAUACUUAAACAAAACGGCACUUUAUUGUGACAUCACUGUGCGCCCGGUUUUCCCGCACUACCUCAGAGAGGCGUCUCUGCCGCUGCGGGUCGUACCGGUUAGUUUUACCCGUUUCUGCUGUUCGGGUUUGGAAGGAGCGGUUAUGAGACGGAACGAGAAGCUUUCGUUCGACGACUUGUGAAACGACUCGCCGGAUCGAUUCCGAGCGUCCGCUCGUGCGUAAUUACCAUAGUUUGGUUUGGUGCCGUUUUGCCCGUCGAACGUCACACGGAUGUUUACUGCUCGGAUUCCAUACGUUGGGACGUCGGGAUGGGAAGAGCACACUGGCAAGACGUCCUGCCUAGCCUGGCCUUUACUCCUAUCUCUACUACGGCCAUAUGACACUUGAUCAGUGACCGCUUUGGGGAAAAUUUGAUAUCGCCUCUUUUCUUCGAAAACAAUUAAAAUG